UUUCCUAGGAGGUGGGGCCGCCCGGAGACCCACCCGCCGGGGUCUCCGGCUUCCACCUGCGAGUCGGAGGUUCCCGAGGCGCACGUGCGGCGGGUCCCCCCACCCCCUUGAGAGGCGGGGUCGUGCCCUGAGCCAAUGAGCGCCUGGGGGGGUGGAGGCGUGGGGAAGCUUCCAGAUAGGCCGACAGGGCGGAGGUUAUAAAGGGGGCACGGGCGAGCCGGCGGGAGAGCCAUGCAGUCCAAGCGGGAGUGUGAGCUGUGGUGUGAGAGGGUGAAUCCAGAGAACAAGGCGGCGCUGGAGGCGUGGGUCAGGGAGACGGGCAUCCGCCUGGUGCAGGUGAACGGGCAGAGGAAGUACGGCGGGCCACCGCCAGGAUGGGUGGGCAGCCCGCCGCCCGCCGGGUCGGAGGUGUUCAUCGGGCGGCUGCCCCAGGACGUGUACGAGCACCAGCUGAUCCCACUGUUCCAGCGCGUGGGCCGCCUCUACGAGUUUCGCCUGAUGAUGACCUUCAGCGGCCUGAACCGCGGCUUCGCUUACGCCCGCUACAGCUCGCGGCGCGGCGCCCAGGCCGCCAUCGCCACGCUGCACAACCACCCGCUGCGGCCGUCCUGCCCGCUGCUCGUGUGCCGCAGCACCGAGAAGUGCGAGCUGAGCGUGGACGGGCUGCCGCCGGGCCUGAGCCGCCGCGCGCUGCUGCUCGCGCUGCAGCCGCUGGGGCCCGGCCUGCAGGAGGCGCUGCUGCUGCCCAGCCCCGGGCCGGCGCCCGCGCAGAUCGCGCUGCUCAAGUUCAGCUCCCACCGCGCCGCAGCCAUGGCCAAAAAGGCCCUGGUGGAAGGGCAGUCACACCUCUGUGGAGAGCAGGUGGCAGUGGAGUGGCUCAAGCCAGACCUGAAGCAGCGGCUCCGCCAGCAACUCAUGGGUCCAUCGCUGCGGUGCCUACAGUCUGAGGGCAGCCAGUUGGCCCUGGCCAGGGACAAGCUAGAGUCCCAAGGGGCUCGGGCCGCCCUGCAGCUGCUGUGCCAACGGAUGAAGCUGGGCACCCCAGUGUUCCUCACCAAGUGUCUGGGCACAGGCCCUGCUACCUGGCACCACUUCUGGUACCAGGUGGUGAUCCCUGGGCAUCCAGUGCCGUUCAGUGGCCUCAUCUGGGUGGUGCUGGCCUCAGAUGGGCAGGAUGGGCAUGAGGUGGCCAAGGAGGCUGUGUCUGCGCGGCUUUUGGAGACGCUGAGUGAAUCUGGGGCCAGCCUCCUGCGGUCCGCUGUGGCUGAGGCAGGUACCAUGGUUCAGCAGUGACCUCAUCCUCUCCGUAGGCAGCCUGAGCAAGUAGCAGAGCCUGUGUCAGUCCCUGGCCCAGCAGGCCUGGGCAGCCACCAUCUGAUCCCAAGAAGCGAGGAGCAUGGGCCCUGCCCUGGGCCUGACACAGCCUCUUGGUUGGGACAGGGCCCCCAUGCACCUCUGGGCAACUAGGUUUGACCAAGUUGUGGGGAGGGACUUCGCCUUCCCCUCCCAGCCCAGAGGCUGACCCCAAGAUUGUUCUGUGUGUGACACAUACACACCCACCCUCUGGCCUCUUCCCGAAGCUUAGCAUGAAUCUUUGCUUAUUUUUUGUCUUUUCUGAUGUUUUUAUUUGGGGGCUGGCUGAGCCAAAGGGUCAGAAGCCUGCCUUGGCCCCUGCCACUUGGCAUUCUGGUUUUGGUGUACGUGUAGCUUUUGAGUUUUCUGUGCUGGUUGUAUUUAUAUUAAACCCCUGGUUGGUGUACA